CCCCCCCGCAUUUUGUCUGGGCCUCCGGGGUCGCCCUCGGGAGGGAUAUACACUCUUCGCGCGGCAUUGCAAUCGCCCGGCGUCGACGCUCAUCGGGCAACCGCUCUCCUUAGUCCCUAUUGAGUUGCAGCUUUCUCCCCCCUGCCCCGCUUCUUUGCCCUCCCCUCCUCACUCCACCAUGUCCCACUCCAGUGGUAUCGCCCCCUCUAGCGGCCUUGUCCAGGCUUUUACCUCGAGCUCCUCGCUGAACUCGCCGGUCCGUCUGAUCAAGGCCGAGAUCGUCGACGAGUCCAUCGAGGCCGUUGAGAAGUACAACAAGAUCUCCGACUGGAAGUCUGAUAUCUCCAUGAUUGCCCCUCUGCUGGCCGACAAGGAGCCGUCCUUCUUCCUGCUGAAGACCGACGAGGCCGCCCCCGCCACCUCGGAGGAGGGUUCCCAGAACCCGGAUCAGGCCGGCUGGGUCCUGUUCUGCUAUGUGCCGGACCAUGCCCACAUUCGUCGGAAGAUGCUGUACGCCUCUUCGCGUGCGACCCUGACCAAGUCCCUUGGUCAGAGCCAGUUCAUUGAUGAGUUCUACGGCUCGGAGAAGGCUGAGUUCACCACCGACGGCUACAAUGCCUACCUGAAGUCGCAUGCGGCCGACAAGCCGCUCUCCUACCGCGAGGAGGAGAUGCUGAAGAUCCGCCUGGAUGAGGCGACUGGUGAUGUGAGUGUCUCCACUCGGCGGGCGCACGUCCAUGGCGUGGACCUGCCGGCUGACGCCGCGGCCCUUGAGGCCCUUCAGGGCCUGGCCGCCGGGCGCCUGAACUAUGUCCAGCUCACGGCCAACAUGCAGACCGAGAAGGUGGAGCUGGUCCACUCGGCGACCGGCUUCAAUCUGGACAAUGUCCAGUCGGUGACGGAGCCCAAUGUGCCGCGCUUCCAUCUGGUCCGUGAGCCGUCUGCCCGCGGGGCCGAGGGCGACACCCUCUUUGUCUACUGCUGCCCGCAGGGGUCGCCGGUGCGCGCGCGCAUGCUCCAUGCGUCCUGCCGCGCUGCGGCCAUCGGCGCGGCCAAGGACUCCGGUCUGGCCCUGGCUCGUGUGGUGGAGAUCGGCGACAUUGCCGACCUGAACAGCGCCUUUGUCCAGGAGACCCUCCAGCCGACGGUCACCGGCACUGAGGCCGCCAAUGCCGCCGGCAUCGCGCGCCUCAAGUUCGAUCGCCCCCAGCGCCCGGGCGCCCGGCGCUAAGGGAGCAAGUGAUGGGGGGGGGGGGGAAUGGAAGGUGGGGUGAGGUGCCUGUGUUUCACCUAUGUGCGUGCACUCGGGCAGGAGGCCAUCGCCGCGCGGCCGAGCAGGUCAACCGCACACACACACACACACACACA